AUGUCAGUUCUGUUAUUAAGUCCUGUUGAUGACGAACAUGUCCUACUUUUUAUAUCAGCUAGGGAAACAAAACAAAAAUCACGGAUUAUAGUACAAGAAGAAAACGUUUAUGAAGUCGAUUACGCUUACUUUUCAGAAUAUCGAGACUAUUGUGAAAAUACAAGAGAUUGUCGUGAAUAUGCUUACAUUUGCAAUAAGAACUCAUGCGAAUGUACUGAGGGAUAUAAAUUAGAUGAAAAAAACAAAACUUGCAUAGGAGGUACAGAUAUAAAAAGGAUUGAUUAG